UGGUUACAAUCAUAAAAUCAGGGUAAAUCGAAUAAGCAGAGAAGAUGAAGGUUCUGCUGUUGGUCUACAUAUUUGUCUGUGCUCUGCACAUCGUCAUCGCUAUGCCCGUUGAUGAGUGCGACCAAAUGUGUAGGAGACUAGUCUUUGUUCUCCGCCUUGCAGGUUUACUGAAGAUUAACGCUUCUGCUGAUGACUUGUUGAAAUACAAAUGCUCAACAUGCAAAAGAAACGGAAGAAACGAUGAAAUGAGUGAACUAUGUUCCCAAACGUGCGAAGAGGUCAAGCGCAGGCUGUUGGGGAAGGAAAAAGCAAUCAAGGAGAUUUUGACGACAACUGAAAAGGACUUUCAGCAUCCAUAUGAUACAUGCAGAUUCUUAGAAAUUUGCGAACCGCGAAGAGCAAAACGCAUAUGAAAAUGUUUCUGUUUGGAAUUGUUAUAUUACAAGGUGGAAAGUAAAUGUCUGAAU